AUGGAUGGAGGAGUGGGUGAUGAAGUGCAUGCAACAAUGGAUGCCAUCGAUGGUUCACACCUUCAAAGCCAGGGUGGUGAGUACUCAUUGAAGCCUGGCAGCUCUAGUAUGCUGGAAUUGCACGAUGAGAUCUCACCCCACCAAUUUGCAGGUGAUUUAGAUGGUAAGAUCCCAGAUAGUAUUAGUGCAUCAGAACAUUCUUGUGCCGACCCUAUCUAUAUUGAUGAUGGUGGCACCAUGGUUGAAGAGUUAACGCUGAGAAAUUAUUUUGGUGGGAACAUGGCUAUAGUUGGUACUUCAAACGAUAGAGAUAGUAUUCGGACUAGGCAGAACCAGUUGCAGCAUUUGUGUCAAAUAGCAGAUGGAUCUGGAAGCAGGAGGUCCGGUGGAGAUGCUUCUUUUGGGCACCCAGAUAGAGCAAUGCCCAGUGAUUGGGAGGAUAUGGGAAAACCAGUUUUUGAGGAUAUAUUGGGUCAAAACCAACGAAUGACAAUCGCUAUGGCGUCACUGAAUACUCCCUUUGCAAUGCAAAUAAACCUUUUUCGAGCAGUACAGUAUUAUUACCUGGAGGUAUCCAGACAAAAAAUCUAUCUAAAUCUGGUUUUCCUGAGUACGUUGUUAAAAAUACAGCGAAAGGCAAGGGGCUCAUAUGUAGAGGCCCAGCUCGUGUAG